CCACCGACUCUUGUCUUCAUUGCCGAUCUGACUCUUCUAAUCUCUCAUCUCCUCUUCUUCUUCUUCCUUUUGCUUUUCACCACUUUCUCUCUCUCUUGUUAAAUCUACAGCAUUUAAGAUUCUUUUCAGUUGAGUGAUAAAAGUUAUUUAAUAAUUCAAUCUUUGAAAGGUCUUCCUUUUUUUCUCUUUUCGUCAAAGUCUUCUUCAGCUUUGAAAAAACAUUGGUGUUUUACUUUUAGACAAACUGUGUGUUCAACUUUUGUGGGUGUGUGUGUGUGUCCACUAGAAGCAGAAAUCUGAAAAAGGUGGGAUUCAUCAUCAUUGGGAGCUAACAACAAUCUUGUUUUGUGGGUUAUCUUCACUUUUUUUUUUCCUUCUGGUUUUUGUGCUGAGCAUUAAUGGGGGAUAUGCAAGUUGGUGUUGCCAAUAUCGACGAUAAGGGCUUUUAUGGCAUGAUGGAGGAUAAACCGGGGGCUUCAUCGAGCCCAACCCUGCAAGUCUCGGUUUCAUUUGGAAGGUUUGAGAAUGACUCACUUUCAUGGGAGAAGUUCUCUGCUUUCUCUCCAAACAAGUACUUGGAGGAAGUUGGAAAGUGCGCUACUCCAGGGUCUGUAGCUCAAAAGAAGGCUUACUUCGAAGCUCAUUACAAGAAGAUCGCUGAGAGGAAAGCUGAGAUCAUGGAUCAGGAGAAACUAAUGGACAACAAGAACGCUUCUUUUAGAUCGGUCGUUACAGAUCAGGGGAGCACGGAAGGCGGGUCAGUGACAGAGUCUGUGGUUGAUACUGAAGAAGAUAAGCAUGUGACUGACAUUGCUGCUGAAGUGAAGGAGCUGACUGUGGACGACGUCAAUGAAGAUGCUAUCAUUGUCAAGGAAUGUCAAAGCUUGGUUAAUGAGGUGAAAGAAGAAGUCAAGAACAGUGUGGAUAGUCCAAGAUUGGAGAAACCAGAAGAGUCUGCUCUUGUGGAGGAGAAACCAGAAGAGGUUUUACUAAUGGAUGAGAAAGAAAAGACAGAGAUAAGAGAAGACGUGAGCGAGAACGUUGAUACUACUGGCAAGACGGAUGAAACGCCAAAGAAGGAGAUGGAGAAAGAGAAAACGCAAAAACUAAUCAAGAAGGGUGGAAACGUGGGGGUCAAUCGUACAAGAAGCUCUCCCAAGCCUGAGCAGGUGAGGACAAAACCGACAACUAACAAGAUUGUAACAAGUAAGAAAACUCCACCAAGCAAGGAGGUCAAGAACAUGAUAAAACCAACAAAGAAACCAGCAGCACCUAUCUCAAAAGCCCCACCAGGGUUUUCAACUCCAAGAGUGUACAAGCCAGCUUCAAAAUUACCUUCACUGUCUACAUCCCAGUCUUCUGUAAAGAAGGAGAAGGCCUCGUCUCUACUGAGAAACAAACCAACCGCUCCAAAGUCAUUGCAUAUGUCUAUGAGUCUUGGUCCAUCAUCUGCCUCUGAUCCUAGUGCUCUUACAAGCACUAGAAAAUCGUUGAUUAUGGAGCGUAUGGGAGAUAAAGACAUUGUCAAACGUGCGUUUAAGUCAUUUCAAAAGAGUUAUGACCUCGAUGCUUCUGUCGACAAGCAAAAGCCAGCUCUAAAACAGAAUCCUGCAAAGUCAACAAGUAUUCCAUCAGUAGCUACACGGCAGAAGGAUAACACCAGGCCUGCAAAAGCAAGUGGCAUAGAGAAGAGAAUUAGUACAAGCGCUCAUGGUUCUGCAUCUCGUGGGUUGAAAAGCAAUGUCACAGCACAAAAAGAGCUUUCCAAAUCGGGUGCAAGACCUGUAGAGAAGACACGCUUACAGAAGAAUCCAAAGCAGGCUGGAGUGGUUGAUGCCAAGACCCUGAAAGAGUCUAUGAAUCCGAAAGCAAAACCAGUACGUACCUUACCAAAAGUCUCUUCAGACAAAAUGUUAUGAUAGCUAUAUCCUACUUCCUAUUUAGUGUGAGAUACUUGCCACCAAUGUUGUUUGUUCCAUUAGUCUUUGAGGUGAAGAGAAUGAUAUUUUUUUUUGUUAUAUAGAGAAGUCUCUAGUAGCAUGUAAUAAGCCUUAAUGUUAAUAUCCCUGAGGGGAUGAAUGAAUAGUUAUAAUUUACUUUCAUGUGUAUGUGUAUAGACUACGUGUAUUAUGUCAUU